AUGGCAGUCGAAACUCCUUACCUGCUUCAGGCUAUAAUCUACACGGCUGCAUCGUACCGUUACUUUUUCGGCUGCCGGGACCACGUCACCAAUUUCACGCGCCUAACCGCGUACCACGAGACCCUAAGAGGUCUUCGGGAGAUCGUGCAUAGAGCGGGAUCGGCAUCCGCAAACAAUGGAUGCUCGGAUGCGAUCCUCCUCGCCAUCGCCCUCCUCACCAUCCACGGGCCUCCAAGCGACAUGCAAGGCCGUACGCUACUGGGCGAGCAGCAGCUGAAGGAUUACGAGUACUACGGAAGUAAAGUCUGGGCUCCAAGCCACCUGCAAGCGCUGCUGUCCCUGGUAAAGCAAAGAGGCGGACUGCAGAGGAUCGGCAUUCAGUCCCUGUCGGGCAUCAUCUUCACAGAAAGUAUCGAUACCACGAAUGCUGCAUCGGUCCUUGAGAAGCCCACUUUCGCCCUGCCGUUUCCGCCAGCACACUUUCUAAAAGUCCUCCGUCAGCAACGCCAAACGGUGAAACAAACUUCCAGCCGUCAAGAACAACAACCAGAACAGCCACGAAGGGUUUGUCGAGGGUUCCGUUUCUUGCUGAAGAGCUUCCCCAAGUGUGGUCGAGCACUCCUGCCUAUAGUGGAAGACGUCCAUGAGCUCGUUGAUACCUAUGUCACACUUCUGCAUGGCCAAGGCUGUGGCGUGGACUUUGGUCAAUUGGUCGCGACGUGGCGCAUUCUCCAGCACCAGGCGCUUUCCUUGGACCCAGCCCCAGCCCCAGUCCCAGCCCGAGGCGACAGUAAGGCGGAGGCAGAGGCAGAAGAUCUUUUGUUGUACCAAUUAUGUCGAGUUGCCGUCGUAAUCUAUCUAACCGAAUGCCUAGAGCCACUGCCCACGAUCGGUGCUUUCCACGAGAACUGUUCUCGGAGGCUGAUGCUUUUGAUCGACGAGUGCGACAAGUUGGGCUAUUGGCAGCGGCAUCAUCAUCGACAGAAGUCUCCGCUAGGUGCUGCUCCGGAAUUGCUACUCUGGGCCACCGUCCUCGGUGGGUUCACGGCCAGGGGCACGACGUGGCUGCGACAGUGCGCCUACAAGAACACCGCGAACAGACCAAGCGCUACCGCCCCUGCUGGCGCUCCGACCACGUUAUGCACCGCCAGCCCUGCCGACGUCGACGAUGACGGACCCCCACCACCUCCGGCCGUGGUCGAAGCUGCAGCGGUCACACUGGGCGACGAUGCCCCCGAGGUAGCGGCGCCUCCGCUGCCUCCGGUCGUCGUGGUAGCGGGGGCGGCACCGGCGCCACAGAAUUGUGAACUCUGGGACGAGAUCGUGCCCAGAAGGCUCUCGGUGUAG